UAGGGUGGCUGGAGUUUGCUUAAAGGCAUCAAUUAACUUCUGUGAUCACGAUGAAAAUGCUGGUGUAAGGCCUUCAGGAGACGAUGGAGAAAAGAUGGACAUACUGUGCUGUCUAUUCCAUCAUCCAGAUACACUUUGUCAGGGGAGUAUGGGAAGGAAAAUUCAAUGUAGGAGAAGACAUUUAUGCUUCACCUAGCUCUGAUGUCAACCUGACCUGCCAAACACAGAAGAGAAACUUCUUGAUACAAACACAAUGGUCCAAGGAGGUGGACCUCAUUGCUCUUUAUCAUCCCCAACAUGGCUUCCAUUGUGCCAAUGGGAUUUCCUGCAAGUCACUGGUGACUUUCGAAGAAAUUCCUGGGGAUGUGAUAAAAUGGACUCUGCACUUAAGGAACAUGUCCUCCUCACUCAGUGGGAAAUAUGAGUGCAGCUUUAUUCUGUACCCAGAAGGCAUUCAGACUAAAAUCUACAACCUUCUCAUUCAGAAAAAUGUUACACAGGAUGAAUGGAGAAGCAACAAUACAAAAGAAAUAGAAUUGAAUCAGACUCUGAAAAUACCAUGCUUUCAAAAUAUCACCUUGGAAAUUUCCUCUGAGUUCACCUUUGCAUGGUUGGUGGAGGGUAAUGGAAUCCAGGAAACGCUCAUCAUCCAAGGUCAGCCCAUCAGCAAUUCUACAUUAUUUAAAGACAGAGUCAAGCUAGGGGCAGACUAUGGGCUCUACCUUUCUCCAGUCCAAAUCCAUGAUAAUGACCGGAAGUUCUCUUGCCACGUUACACUCAGGUCUGGCAAAACCUUGAGGAGCUCUACCACGGUCAAGGUUUUUGCUAAGCCAAAGAUCUCCAUGAUUAUGGAAAAUAACUCCAUGGGACAGAGAACACUCACUUGCUCACUGAGGAAUGUAUUUCCUACAGCAAAUUUCACAUGGUUUACAGACAGUGGCUCUCCUCAAGGUGAAAGAAAAGAAACAUACAUUCCUAGUGAAGAAAGAAAAAACAAAAGUGGAUUUUUGAACAUGAAGUCUGUUUUCACAUUGGGGUAUGGCAAUAACCAAACCCAGUCCCAAAACCUGACCAUCUGGUGCAUGGCUCUGAUUCCAAUGCCUGGAAAUAAAGUGCGGAAUAUCUCAUCCAAUAAGACCACUUUUUCCUUCGGCUCAGUGAACCCUCCAACAGAUGCUGCACGCAGUGUUACAGAAUCCACCCUCAGCACCCAGCCUUCUCCAGCCAUGAGCACAUCUCCAGCAAGAUAUCCAGCUACAUCUUCCAAUAUCCCCGUAGAUGUGAGUGCGACUCCCGACAGCGAGCCUCAAACUAGCAAUUCCCAUGUGACUGCCCAAGGCUUCAACUACUCCUGGACCCCCAGUGGAAGAGACAUUGAAACCUCAACUUCAUGGAUGCCCAGUGAAACAUACAGAUCAUUCCCCUCAGACACAGGCUCGACUCCUCAUGGAGAUGACACCACCACCACAAGCAAAGCAUUUUCAGAAGUUCCUACAACUGCCAAUAGAUCUACUAAAAUUAAUUAUAUCCAUAUCACUGGUGUUGUGGCUAAUAAGCCCAAAGAUGGAAUGUCCUGGCCAGUGAUUGUAGCGGCUUUGCUCUUUUUCUGCCUGGUACCAUUUGGUCUGGGAAUGAGGAAAUGGUGUCAGUACCAACAGGAAAUCAUGGAAAGACCCCCACCUUUCAAGCCACCACCACCUCCCAUCAAGUACACUUGCAUUCAAGAGUCCAUUGGAAGUGAUCUGCCCUGUCACGAGAUGGAAACACUCUAGUUCUUUGAGACUUUGCCAUACAAUGAAACUCUGCUAGAAUCCUAUUGAGGUCAAUCUUUUGCUUUAUUAAAUAUUCACCCCUAACCAAGCCUCUACUGCAGCUGAAAUGGAUGUCAGAAGAGAAUGACCUGUUUUCCCAGUAACUCAUCCCCUUUCAGCUGUGUAUGCCUUUAAAGAAGAGUGAGAGGGUAUGUUUGCUGACACCCAAUGCAGUCUUUAGGAAUGUUCUUGCUUAUGUAAGAAGUGCAAAUUAGGCGGCUGCCAUUAAAAAUACUUGCAGUGUUUUUAUUCUUUGUUUUAAUUAUCUGAUUGCAGUGACAACAAUGGUUUCAAGCAUAUGUUCGUACCAGACCUUUUUCUCUAUGGGCAUCUGCCAACUUUCUAAACUAUUUGCCAAAAACAUGAUAAUCUCUGAGGUUUGUCGCAUUCCCUAAGAACAUAAAGUUCUAGCAAGAGCUCCAAAGAAUGGGAAAGUGCAAUUUGUCUUUAUAUUGAAAUUCUGCUGUUUAUUUUCUUUCACUGGAGGAAAGCAGAAUAUUCUUUGCAAGAACCCUGGUUCCAAUCCUCAUUUACCUUUUCUCCCAUUAUGUUCAGCCCAGGAUCCUGCCCCAUGGGAUGUGGAAGGACCAAUGAGAUAACUAGCAACAGCCAAGUAGCCUAGUAGAUACAACCUUUAAUUGGCUCUAAAAUUACAUGAGCUAAGAGUGAUCUCAUUCUCAGUUUUACCUCUGCAUGUGUGUGUGCAUGUGCAUGUGUGUGUGUCAAACCAUUGGGAAACUGUUAUACAAGUAAACAGACAGCCUAAUGCUAAUCUAACUCACUUAAUUCCCAUUAUUCUCUUUUUCACUGGAGACUUUUCUGUUUAUUCAAUGUGCCUGUUCUGAUAUGUCUUGGAACAAAUAAAGAGCCUCAA